AUGUCAGGACUCGUUAAAGCCAAAUGGCAGGAACAGAAGGCCGUUAGCGACCAGGGCAAAGAUCUGAGGCCUCAAGGCGGCGGGGUUUUCAAACCGCAAAACUCCAAUAAAGCUCAGUGUAGCAGGCGAGGCGACCAGCCGCGAAUAUCGCAGGUAGCAAUCCAAAAAUUGAACGACAUUUUCGAUUUCCGUCACUUUCUGAAAGACCACCACACCUCAGCGACUCACACAGCUAGCCCUUACACUCACGGCAGGCGAAUUGUCACAGAAGAAGAACAGAGCUUUUUGCCCCUGGAAGACUGGACAACGGUGAAGCACAGCGAUUUCUUCGAUGGGGGCCAAGGCCCACAAGGCCCUACGUCAAGUAGCCUGGCUUCGAGCUUGCACGAAAUCCCCAGCCGAAGUUCAACCAUGAAGUCGUUCGAGUAUCAAGUUCUUUUGCAUGAUCUUAUUUCGGGAGACAUCUACGAAGAUUGA